ACGUAUACUUUACUCAACCUGAUUUCGGGUUGUCGUUACUGGGACGAGACAAAUAACACUUGGUCUUCAGAGGGCUGUCGGGUAGGUUGCAGUCAGGAGGGUUGCCAUCAGCUGUUGUCAUUCAUAUGAACAGGUUGUCGGGUUUGUUGUAGUUUGGAGGCUUGUACAGAUGUGUCUAGAGGGUUGGAUACGAGGGCUGUUUAUAGUAGGGCCUUGUGUAAAAGCUAAUUACAGAUCAUGCUCAAUUUCAAUACACAUUAAAGGGCAUAUACUCCACUUAUAUGAAAGUGUCCUUAUUUCAUGCCCAUAUACCCGUUUCAACAAUUUUUUUAAUAUAAUAUUGUUUUCUUGUAUAUUACUAUUUCCGCUCAUAUCCACUACUACGCCAGGUUGGACCGCUGACCACUAAAUACAAGACCCAGUGUCUAUGCAAUCACCUGACGUCCUUUGGCACGGACUCUGUCGUGGCGCCCAACACAAUCGACUUCAACAAUGUGUGGGCCAAGUUCGCUAACCUGAGCGAGAAUGCAGCAGUGUUUGCCACAGUCAUCUCCCUUUGCGUCCUCUACGUCAUAUUGUUAAUUGGUCUACGUCACAUGGACAAGAAGGACUUGGUCAAGGUAGGCUACUCUCAGCGGCAUAGCUAGGGUUAGUGUUGUCCGGGGGGGGGGGGGUGGUUCACGCUUUUUGCCACCCCCCCCUCCUGUCCAAGAAAAGGGCUCUGUGAAUUUAAUUGAUAUAUAAGCCUAUAGUUCAGGAUAUGGGCAUUCAUAUAAAUCUUUCAAAAGGAACAUUUGUGUCUAUUGCCUCAAGCCUUCAAACCCCUAGUGCAUGAUUUCCUCAUCAACACCAGUAACAGAAACAUUGCAAAUCCCAUCUACAUGCAUAGGAGCCAAAAUGAUCAAUAAAUUGAUCGUGGGCCCUUAAGAUAUAGAAGAAGAAGAAUAUUGCAUAUAUAUUAUUUGUUAAAGAGACCAUAGACAUUUGGACGAUUCAUAUCAAAUUAUUAUAAUACCAAAAUUGCAGAGUUAGCAAAUUGAUAUUAAACCCAUAAUACACGACCCAUGUCUGAAUGUAAGUUAGGAACUAACAUUGUUGUUUAAACAGAUCAUCAAAUCAUUGGAACCGCGUUGCAUUUUCAGAACAUGAAACGGCAACCCCCUUUUAAAAGGGAUCUUGAAACUUUUAGCGCACUAAUGAAUUAAUGAAUUCUUUGUACACUAAUAUAUAUAUAUAAAAAAAAAAUUUAAAAAAAUAUAUAUAUAUAUAUUUUUUUAACGAUUUCACAUUUUGGAUACGAAAUCUCACAAUGUGAAAAAGUUACAAGAUCAACAAAUUAUAACCCACUCUGUGAAGAAACUGGUUUAUGAAGAAAAAAAAAAUUGAUGACUAUUUCAGUGGGGUGCUGUCCCAUUGGAGGAUAAUCUGCCGACGGACACAUACCACUACCAGGUGACGGUGCAGACAGGCAUGAAGAAGAAUGCCGGCACGGACUCCCAGGUCAGGUUCAUUGUGUCCGGAGAGGACGGUGACUCGGGAGUCAGGAGGCUGGCUGUCGCCGACGGUCACAGGAAGGUAAGCCAUUCCAGAAUUCAUAGGUAUUUCUGUAGAGGUAGUUCUGUAGAGGUAUUUCAGUAUAGGUAUUUCAGUAUAGGUAUUUCAGUAUAGGUAUUUCUGUAGAGGUAGUUCUGUAGAGGUAUUUCUGUAGAGGUAUUUUAGUAUUAGGUAUUUUAGUAUUAGGUAUUUCAGUAUAGGUAUUUCAGUAUAGGUAUUUCUGAAUAAGUAUUUCAAUAUUGGUAUUUCAGUUCAUGUAUUUCAGUAAAGGUAUUUCAAUAUUGCUAUUUCAGUUUAUGUAUUUCAGUAUAGGUAUUUCAGUAGCGGUAUUUUAAUAUAGGUAUUUCAAUAUGAGUACUUCAGAUUAAUUCUUUAAAAUGCGACAAGAGGAGAUUGGAGAAAGAAUUUAAUUGACGAAACAUAGGAAUUAAACACAUUACUCGAUAAACUGUCACACGUUAUAUUUAAUCGCAUGAUGUGAUGUCAAAAGUUACAUUUAAACACAUGAUUAUGAUGUCAAAAGAUGAAUUUAAACACAUGAUAUGAUGUCAAAAGUUACAUUUAAACACAUGAUUAUGAUGUCAAAAGAUGAAUUUAAACACAUGAUAUGAUGUCAAAAGAUGAAUUUAAACACAUGAUAUGAUGUCAAAAGAUGAAUUUAAACACAUGAUAUGAUGUCAAAAGAUGAAUUUAAACACAUGAUAUGAUGUCAAAAGAUAAUUUAAACACAUGAUAUGAUGUCAAAAGAUGAAUUUAAACACAUGAUAUGAUGUCAAAAGAUGAAUUUAAACACAUGAUAUGAUGUCAAAAGAUGAAUUUAAACACAUGAUAUGAUGUCAAAAGAUGAAUUUAAACACAUGAUAUGAUGUCAAAAGAUGAAUUUAAACUCAUGCUAUGAUGUCAAAAGAUGAAUUUAAACACAUGAUAUGAUGUCAAAAGAUACAUUUUAGCACCAGUUAUUUUUUAAAAUCAAAAGUUACACGUAAGCACUGGAUAGUUUAUCACUAUUCACCGUCAAAUGAAAACGUGUAACAUUAACACCCAAACCUCCUCCUCUCCCACUCCCCAGACUUUACCCAGGGGCUCCAUCUACAACUAUGUGAUGAGCACCGAGUCGUGCCUUGGCGCCCUCACCUUCCUUAGGGUCUGGCACGACAACAGUGGCACGGGCAAGAGCCAGUCCUGGUAUCUUGACCAGGUCCAGAUCUGUGACUUGCAGACGAGUGACAGGUGGGCUACUUCUGAUUUGGGAAUGUCGCACAAUAGAUGGCACAGACAUAUGUGCUUAGACCAGUGGUUCUCAACCUCUUGGUCGCGACCCCUUUGGAGGUCGAACGACCCGUACACAGGGGUUGCCUAAGACCAUAGGAAGACACGUAUUUAUGAGUCGCGACGAAAAUAAAUUUAUGGUUGGGGGUCACCACAACAUGAGGACCUGCAUCAAAGGGUCGCGACAUUAGGAAGUUUGAGAACCACUGGCUUAUAUUACGAUGGAUCUUGAGCAGCAUAGCAGGACGGGUAGCAUAAAACUUGAAGAAUAAUUAAGGGUUAAAUCUUCUGGUUUGAUUACGUCUGUGAUGCAAAGUGCUUCUGAAUGGUGUAUCCAUCCUAUUUAGGUUCAUCUUCUUGUGUGACCGCUGGCUGGCCGUGGAAGAGGACGACGGUAUGGUUGACCGCAUCCUGCCAGUGGCUGGACUUGAGGAUCUCAUUGCCUUUAAACAGCUGUUCUCAUCGUCUGCCAGGAAAAAGCUGGCCAACGACCACUUGUGGGUGUCUGUCUUCUCUAGACCCACCCGAAGCAACUUUACCCGCGUGAGUGAUAUUUUUUCUUGACCUGUGUGAGUGAUCUUUCCUUGACCCGCAUGAGUGAUAUUUCCUAGACCCGCAUGAGUGAUAUUUCCUUGACCCGCAUGAGUGAUCUUUCCUUGACCCGCAUGAGUGAUAUUUCCUUGACCCGCAUGAGUGAUCUUUCCUUGACCCGCAUGAGUGAUCUUUUUUCUUGACCUGUGUGAGUGAUCUUUCCUUGACCCGCAUGAGUGAUAUCCUAGACCCGCAUGAGUGAUAUUUCCUAAACCGCAUGAGUGAUCUUUCCUUGACCCGCAUGAGUGAUCUUUUUUCUUGACCUGUGUGAGGGAUAUUUCCUUGACCCGCAUGAGUGAUCUUUCCUUGACCCGCAUGAGUGAUAUUUCCUAGACCCGCAUGAGUGAUAUUUCCUUGACCCGCAUGAGUGAUAUUUCCUUGACCCGCAUGAGUGAUAUUUCCUAGACCCGCAUGAGUGAUAUUUCCUAGACCCGCAUGAGUGAUAUUUCCUUGACCCGCAUGAGUGAUAUUUCCUUGACCCGCAUGAGUGAUAUUACCUAGAACCUAGACCCGCAUGUGUGAUAUUUCCUAGACCCGCAUGAGUGAUAUUUCCUUGACCCGCAUGAGUGAUAUUUCCUAGACCCGCAUGAGUGAUAUUUCCUUGACCCGCAUGAGUGAUCUUUCCUUGACCCGCAUGAGUGAUCUUUUUUCUUGACCUGUGUGAGGGAUCUUUCCUUGACCCGCAUGAGUGAUCUUUCCUUGACCCGCAUGAGUGAUAUUUCCUUGACCCGCUUGAGUGACCUUUCCUUUACCCACGUGAGUGAUCUUUUCUUGGUUAGCCUUAAAAAAAAAAUUAAAAUAGAAAUGACGCAAAUGUAUAUCUCGUCUCAUAAGUCCAUGUUCAUAAUUACAACGCACACUCUUACCACACAAUUACUCGAGGCAAGUCUUGCUGCUACAGACCAUUUUUUAAGGUACAACGAAAAUCUCAAACAAGCAUUUUCAAGGCUGAACAAGAUAUGUACGAUGAAUGUAAAAAAAAACAUUUCUAUUUAUUUAGAUCAAUAGAAGUAUCUUAUCUAUCUUAUUUUUAUGACAGGUAUCUAUGUGAAAUAAAUUGUUGACAAAAGUUAUAAUUUUAAAAAAAAAAUAGUAUCUAAGAGUAACUAUAUCACAGACUUCUCUUUCAUGCCCCACGUGUUCUCAGGUCCAGCGUCUGUCUUGCUGCAUGUCCCUCCUGUUCCUGACGAUGAUCACCAAUGCCAUGUGGUUC